ACCCUGGACCAGCCUCCUGUUUCCAGCCUGGAUAUUCAAACUUCCCGCUUCGUCUCUUUCAGACCCAGACUCUCCUUGAUGCCAAGACCCAACUUCACUGCUGUGACAGCGUUCACCUUUUUGGGGCAGCACGGACUCAGUCUCUCUGUGGUCUUUCUGGUCUUGUACCUGUUGACCCUGGCGAGCAAUGCCAUCAUCUUGACGGUUAUCCACCUCAACCGUCAGCUUCACACACCCAGGUACUUCUUCCUGAGUGUCCUGUCCAUUUCUGAGACCUGUCACACCAUGGCCAUCAUCCCCCAGAUGCUGUCCAGUCUCCUGAGCCCCCAACAAGCCAUCUCCAUUCCAGACUGUGCCACUCAGCUCUUCUUCUAUCUCACCUUCGGCAUCAACAACUGCUUCCUGCUCACGGCCAUGGGGUACGACCGCUAUGUGGCCAUCUGCAACCCCCUACGGUACUCGGUCCUCAUGGGCAAAAAGACCUAUAUACAGUUGGCAGGUGGAUCCUGGAGCAUUGGCCUGAGCACAGCCAUCAUUCAGGUGUCUUCUGUGUUCAGCCUGCCCUUCUGUGAUGCCAACACCAACUCCCACUUCUUCUGUGACAUCCGGCCCCUAAUGAAGUUGCCCUGUGCUGAUACCACCAUCAAAGAAUUUAUUACUUUGCUCAUCAGUCUGUGCAUCCUUGCUCUGCCCAUGGUGCUGAGUGUCAUCUCCUACGUCCUGAUUGUCUCCACCAUCCUCAAGAUGGCAUCCGCUGAGGGCCGAAAAAAGGCUUUUGCUACCUGCGCCUCCCACCUCAGCAUGGUCAUUGUCCACUAUGGCGGCACCUCCUUCAUCUACCUCAAACCCAAAUCCCCAAAUUCCCUGCAGGACAGACUCAUCUCCGUGACCUACACAGUCGUCACCCCCCUACUGAACCCUGUUGGAUACAGCCUGAGGAGCAAAGAGGUCAAGGAUGCCUUGCUCAGAGCUUUAGGCAAAAAGCCUCUCUCUUAG